GGACACGGCCGGGAGCCGCCGCGGGCCGUUAGCUGUAGGGGGCGGCCGCCAUCGCUACGGCGGCUGCCGUGGGACAAGCCCAUCGUUCCGCGAAGGUACCGGCGGCCAGCAUGGAGUCCGGGGAGCGCACGGAGACUGGGAAGCGCGCGGCGGAGGCGGCGGCGGAGGCUGGGCCCGUCUUCACGCUGGAGGAGGUGGGGAAGCGGAACUCCAGCCGCGAGGCCUGGCUGGUCAUCCACGGGCGUGUCUACGAUGUCACCCGCUUCCUGGAGGAGCAUCCAGGUGGAGAAGAAGUUUUGCUCGAACAAGCUGGUAAAGAUGCCACAGAGAGCUUCGAAGAUGUUGGACAUUCCACAGAUGCCAGGGACAUGCUCCAGCAGUACUACAUAGGGGAGAUCCACCCGCACGAUCGUAAAAAAGAAGGUUCUAAGGAUCCAAGUAUGACAUCCUCAGGCCAAGCAAGUUUCUGGUCAACAUGGCUAAUCCCCAUCUUCGGAGCACUGGUCUUAGGUUUAAUGUAUCGCUAUUACAUGUUGGAUGGGAGAACCUCUUGAGCUGACCUUGCUGGGACCUCAGAAAGCCGGAAAGAGAGGGUGUGAGAGAGCGCGUGCAUGCAUGCAACAUGUGGAGUUCUGCUUCCCUUAAUCUUUUCUGCCCUUGCUUUUAGCUUUGAGUCUGUCAAGUGAUGUUUCUAUCCAUGGGACCAAGCUAAUACCGAACUCCAUCCUAACUCUGGGACCCACGGACCUGUCGUACUUCCCUCUUGCGGUGGCAGGGCAAGUGCAACUUCCCGGCCUCCUCUUACAUUCGUGUGUGGUCUCCCUCGCGUGUGCGUGCUCCUGCGCUCUCUCUCUCCCCCUCUCUUGCUCUCUGAAGUAAACCACAGACAACCUUUUUCUUUCAAUGCCUUUUCGUUAAGCCAGACAACGUGAAACAGCUGCUCAUGAGCCUGUGGAUUUGCCGCAGUCCUUCACGUAGCAUUGUCAGAAAUAAACUGCAAGUUGUCUACAGUCCUUUCCAGAAAAGAUGUCCGGAGAUUCGGUUCCGCAGUAACUUUCCCAGUGCAUGCAGGCAACACUAAUUGGGGCAGCAGGAAAUUGUUAGCUUUGCUACCUCUUUCUGUACGUGUCUGUUUUUAACGGUUAAACAAAUAUAAGUAUUUUAAAAGCAA